AUGAAUGAAUUCACCAACGUAUCUGAAGGUAGAGUGACAGUUCCUCGGUAUACUCUGAGUGCUGAAAAUAUAGCAGAUGCUAUAGAUGAUACGAAUCAAUCAUCAGAGCCUAGAACAGACCAUGAACUUCCGGAUUCCAAUAUUAAAGCAGUUGAAAGAGUUAUUUACUCUGAGAUAGGAGUGGUAACAUUGCUUAACAGGUUAAAACAAUCAAUAGCCUCAGCUAAGGAAUUCGCAACUUUUUUGAAGAAGCGCUCUUCAAUUGAAGAGGAGCAUUCUAACGGGCUUAAGAAGUUGUGCCGCACAACAAAUGAAAGUAUUCGAAAGCCAGAUCAUCGACAAGGCACAUUCCUCACAGCAUGUGGCGAUGUAACAAAUACACAUGAACAGAUAGCAGACAAUGGGGCAAAGUUUGCUCUAGCAUUGCACGAAAUUCAUGAUGAUUUAUCAGAAAUGGCAACAGGAAUGGAACGUAGCCGCAAAUACUGGAAAAACUCAGGAAUGGCAGCCGAACAGCGAGCCGCGGAUUCGGAAACUGCCGUGAAAAAGGCUAAGGCUAAAUACGAUACCUUAGCUGAUGAUUAUGAUAGAGCCAGAACAGGUGACCGACAGUCUGGUAAAUUACUAAGGUUAAAAAGCACAAAAUCGGCGGCGCAAUAUGAAGAAGAUAUUUUAAGAAAACUUACCGCUGCUGACGGAGAAUACGCUAUGAGAGUACAGGCAGCACAAACUCUGCGAACUGAUCUUUGGCUUAAAUCUCGACCAGAGACAGUCAAGGCUCUAGAAGAUCUCAUUAAAGAAUGCGAUUCGGCCUUGACCCUUCAAGUACAGAAAUUCGCCUCGUUGUACGAAAAACUUCUUCUAAGCAAUGGCUUGAGUGUGAGUCCCUUGAAAAAUACUCAAGUAGGCAAUCAAUCACGAAGUCUCCGGGAUGCUGUUCAUGCAAUCGAUAAUGACCGAGACUUGACUGAAUAUAUUCUCGGCUGCUCUAGUCAAGUUCCAUCUCGAAUAUCAGAAAUUAAAUAUCAGCACUCAGUUACUUCAUUUCUUUUUAAGCAUGGCCCCUCACAAACGUCAGCUACAAUGCCCCCAUCCAAUAAAAAUUCAACCAGUGCACAGCAAUAUCCUCAAGAAACGGUACCUUCAACGAAACAACAUGAGAGAGUUACAAGUCAUGGUACAAUAUCGCAACAUGACGUGGAACCAAUGAGGGAAGUACAACAAACAUCUACGACACAAUAUAGUAAUCAUUCUGGCCCUUUUACCUCCACCGAACCACCUCAAAUCUCUUCUCUUUCUCUUCACCCCUCGAAAACGCCGCCUUUAUCAUCUCCGCUUCAGUCUUCGUCUAUCAGUAACUUUGUUGGCCAUUCGAGAAAUACAAAUCUACCUCCCCUAAACCCCGUAUUUGGACUUAGCUUGAACCGGCUUUCUGAAAGAGAUGGUUCUGCAGUACCCAUGGUAGUUUAUCAGUGCAUUCAAGCGGUUGAUCUGUUCGGACUCGAAGUUGAGGGAAUCUAUCGACUUUCAGGAACAGCCUCACACGUCAGCAAAAUAAAAUCUCUGUUCGACAACGACGCCUCAAAAGUAGACUUCCGUGAUCCUGCAAACUUUUUCCAUGAUGUAAAUAGCGUCGCAGGUCUCUUGAAACUUUUUUUUCGCGACCUACCAGAUCCACUUCUAACCUCAGCAUAUUACGCAGAUUUCAUCGAAGCUUCAAAACUUGAAAAUGAAAUUCUAUGUCGCGACUCACUACACGCAAUAAUCAAUAAUCUUCCUGAGCCAAACUAUGCUACACUCCGAGCCGUUAUAUUACAUCUUAAUCGGGUUCAAGAGAACUCGACGGUUAAUCGCAUGAAUAUUAGUAAUCUAGCUAUAGUCUUCGGUCCCUCCUUGAUGGGUGCUAAUACAGGGUCGAAUAUCCAAAACGCAGGCUGGCAGGUCAAAGUAGUUGAUACAAUCCUUCAGAAUUGCUUCCAAAUAUUUGAAGAUGACUGA